CCUUUUCAACAGGAGCUAAGCUAAAAGGGAUUUGUAGUUAUACGUUUUAUUUAGAUCGCCAUCAGAGGACAUGUCUACUGGCUGUGUGAGGUCACCCCCGGAGACAGCGGAACACAGGCUGCAGGGUCAGGAAGCACACUAUGGUCUGUGUGAGCCGCAGGAGACGCUGAGGAUGGAGAGGCAGAAGGAGCGCGGCUCUGGAGAGCUCCACGCCGAUGACCAGCACGAUGACCAGGAACACAAGAAGCCUCGCAGGAAAGACACACCUGUGCUCAAUACCCAUCCCCUCAUCCCAGGCGUGAGGCAGAUGAAAGGGGAGGCUCGUCUGAUUCACCUGGAGGACGAGGAGAAAGACGUGAAGAACUAGCUCCUCUGGCACCAGGCCUCUGACAACAACCAUUCACAUCACUGCCACGGGUUGUUUGACUAUUUAAUGUGAAUUUUAGUGCCCUUUAAAAAGAAAAAGUAACGUUUGUAAUUUCAUCAUUCAUGCCUUUGUUGUUGAACAUUUGGAGAAAAAACAUUGUGCCUAUAACCAGUGAGGUUUGUUUGAAAUCUUCAUUGAAGUUUCUGACGUGUUCACACAUGCAAAAAAGUUUUACUAAAAUCAUUAUAUUUAUUAUUUUGACU